UCUAUCAUCGCUCUCCAAGAGGGAUAAAUUCCCCACCUGGACUCCCAAGCCAUGGCUGCUGUCACUCCAGUUUGGAUCCAGAAACAGGUUUCCUUACGCCAAAAGCCUCGGGGAUGUUAUCUCAUCACCUCCGAGCUUUUAUCGGCGAUAGGGAACGAGCUCUCUGGCUUAGAAGUGGGGAUUUGUCACGUCUUCAUAAUGCACACAUCUGCGGUAUAACAAUAAGCGAAAACGCAGAUCCUGAUGUUUUACACGAUAUGGAAACACAUCUCAACAGAAUUGUGCCGGAUGUCGGUGACCCGGGGUGCCCAACCAUUCGCCAUACCGAAGAGGGCCCUGAUGACAUGGCCAGCCAUGUGAAGAGUAGUUUAACCAAUACAUCAGUUUCCAUACCAAUAACGAAUGGAAAGCUGGCGUUUGGGACUUGGCAAGGGUUGUGGCUUCUCGAGCACCGCUUUCACGGCGGUCCUAGACGGCUGAUGGUCACUAUUCAAGGAAGUCCGAAGAAAUCAAAACCGUAA